CUAUCAUCGUGAACUUGUCAUCUGCUUUCGCAAUAAACACGUGCUUUUGUUAUUAAUUUAUAUUUACAGUAAAAAAAAAUGCCUGCCAAAGUAAAAAAUAAUAUUCUUAUUUACGAGGGAUGUAAUUAUCUAAAAAAUAGAUUAAUUCUUUCAACAUUAUCCGGUAAAUCGGUUAAAAUAGAAGACAUAAGAAGUCAAAAUGACGAUCCUGGUAUUCGAGAAUUUGAAUUGAAUUUAUUGACAUUUCUUCGAAAAAUCUCAAAUGGAAUGAGAGCAGAAGUAAAUGAAACAGGAACAUCAUUAUAUUAUGUACCUGGAAAUUUGGAAGGUGGAGAAUUUGAACAUGAAUGUAGUUUACAACGUAGUAUUUCAUAUUAUUUAGAAGUUGCAAUGGCAUUGGCUCCAUUUUGUAAACAAUCGUUAAAUGUCAAAUUCAAAGGCAUCACAAAUAAUACAAUAGAUCCAACUAUAGAUAGAAUGAAGUCUUCGGGAAUUCCAGUUGUUAAACGAUUUCUUGGUCCUGCUUAUGAAAUUGAAUUAACAAUUAAAAAAAGAGGCGUCGCACCUUUAGGAGGUGGAGAAGUUCAUUUUAAAUGUCCAGUGAUUCGUAGUCUCAGGACAUUACAGUUUCUAGACAGUGGUUUAGUGAAACGAAUCAGAGGUGUUUCUUGUAGUUUAAGAGUCUCUCCAGCCAUUUCAAAUCGACUCGUUGAAUCUGCUAAAGGAGUGUGUUUAAAUUUUAUCCCAGACGUUUAUAUUCACACUGACGCGAGUCGAGGUGCAGUCAGCGGUAAAUCUCCAGGAUUUGGAAUUUGUCUAACUGCCGAAACAACAACGGGAGUUUUUUAUUGUGGUGAAGCUGUUUCACCGGUUGUUCCUCCAGGUGGUUUGCCCUGCAUUCCUGAAGAUUUAGGAAAAGAAGCAGCUUUAAAAUUAUUAGACGAAAUACACAGAAAUGGAUGUGUCGAUUCUCCUUUUCAAAUGAUAACUGCACUUUUUAUGGCACUUGGAAAACAAGAUAUCUCGAAAAUUAUCACGGGACCCUUAACUCCCGUUAUGAUUCAAUUUUUACGUGAUUUGAAAGAUUUUUUCGGUGUUAAAUUCCAAUUGGAAUUUGUGAAAGAAGACGAGGACGAUACAGUAACAUUAGAGAAUCAAGUGACAUUAACUUGCAUUGGAAUUGGAUUUUCCAAUUAUAAUAAACCAGUUCGAUAAGAAGCUUUUUAUGGAGGUAAAAAUUUAAAUGUAAAUAAAUCCUUUUUAUUCUUAUUUUCUCCAUAUAAAUAAAACAAUUUUUUAUAAUAA